AUGGGAGCGGUCAAAAUAGAUCGGUCGGGGUGUCCUGGCAUCUGUGGCCCGCAGGCCGCGACCACAUCAACCCUGUCUUUCUCAAGCUUCCGCAACUCCUUUACCUCCAAUGUCAAUUACCUGAAAAGAAGAUUCAGCUCGGGGGACCUGCAGUCGGAGUGCGAUGAGGGCGAGGUGGACCCCUACACCGGCCGCCCGGCCACCACCAGCCAGCCCAAGCCGCAGGCGCAGAGGCCUGUCUCGCAAGCUACUGGCGGCAGCAUGGGCAGCGGCGCGCCGCCCGCCCCCAGUGCCGGGAGCAGCACCAGCGGCGACCUCUCCCUGAACCUGCGGGGAGGCUCCCGGGGGACAUCUGCACCGUCAUCCCCCGCUAAAUCCAGAGAGUCCCUGUUGCAGCGCGUGCAGUCACUCACCGGCGCCGCGAGGGACCAGGGAGCUAACUUAUUGGGAAGUGUAACAUCAGUGGCGUCUGUGGGCCGCGGGUACAACCGUGACCGCUGCGUGACGCUGCUAGUGGUGGACGACCAGAACACGGACUGGUCCAAGUACUUCCGCGGCCGUCGGCUGCCUGGCGAAUGGGAUAUACGCGUUGAACAGGCCGAGUUUAAGGAGCUGUCAGUGACGGCGAACUCGGAGGGGUCGAACGUGUCCAUGGGGGUGUAUCGCGGCGGAACCAAAGUUACGCGCUGCUUCAAGCCUGACUUCGUGCUGGUGAGACAGAACGUUCGCGACGCCGGCGCCGACCACCGCGCCCUGCUCCUCGGCCUCAAGUUCGGUGGAGUCCCUUCCAUCAACAGCCUCAACUCUAUCUACCACUUCCAAGAUCGUCCAUGGGUGUUCGGCCAUCUGCUCCAACUGCAGCGGCGCCUGGGCCGGGAAAACUUCCCGCUCAUCGAGCAGACCUACUACCACAACUACACUGAUAUGGUCUCGGCGCCGAAAUUCCCAGUGGUGAUCAAGAUUGGGCACGCACACAGCGGCGUGGCCAAGGUGAAAGUGGACUCCUUGGCCGACUUCCAGGACAUCGCAGGGGUAGUUGCCAUGCUGGGGACCUACUGCACGGUGGAGCCCUACAUCGACGCCAAGUACGACAUACACAUCCAGAAGAUCGGUACCAACUACAAGGCUUUCAUGCGUAAAUCUAUUUCUGGAAAUUGGAAAACGAAUCAAGGCUCGGCCAUGUUGGAAGCCAUCGGUAUGAACGAUAGAUACAAAAUGUGGAUUGAUGAGGUGAGCGAAAUAUUCGGCGGUCUUGAGGUGUGCGCGUUGGAGCUGGUGGUGGGGAAGGACGACCGCGAGCACAUCAUCGAGCUCAACGACUCCGCCACGUCCUUCAUGGGCGACACGCAGGAGGAGGACCGCAGACACCUGGCCGAACUCGUCUUCCAGCGGAUGCAGUCGGUGUGCCGGCCGGGUUUAACCAAAACCACGUCCCGGAGCUCAGUGGCGGGCAGCGGCGCAGCGUCGCCGGAGGAGCGGUCGGUGGGCCCUCCCGGAGGGCCCCCGAGCGUCCCGCCCCCGGCGCCUCUCACCACCGGGGCCAGCAUCGACCGCCCCCUGCCGCCCAUCCCGGCUGAACCCUCGCAGCCACCCCCGCCGCCGCUCACUCGACGUGACUCACAAGCCUCUCAAUCGUCGACAGUGUCGUCAGCAUCAGCGGCCCCGAGCACAGCGAGCGGCUCGGCGAGCGGUUCCGCGAGCGCGGCGCCCUCCGGCCGCGGCGCCUUCGCCCGCCAGGGUUCCCUCAGCGCAGCCCUCACCGAAGACGCCGAAGACACCAUGAAGAACCUUCGGAAAACAUUCGCCGGAAUAUUCGGCGACAUGUAAACGAGAAAAGCAGCAUAAAAUAGAAUUACGUGUAACAGUCAACAGUCCAUCCAAAUCGCUAAGCGAACUAGUUGUUAUCAUCUCCGAAACAUACACCUGUACCUUGAUUCUGAUAUGUUACGUUAAUGCAGCAUUAAAAUGGUCUAGAUUCAGCCUUGGUAGGUAUAAUAACAACUAAAAAUUACAAAAUGGUAUUCGAAUAAAAUAAACUUAAGUAAGUAUGUAUGUACAUCAAACGUUCUACUAGUCAAAACUCCAAAAGACAUUGGAUGUUUAUUUGACGUAAAAAUACUAAUUUUUUGAUUGGUAGGAUCUAGACUAACACCCAUAUUCUUAGUUGUUUCCUUACGAUUUCCUCCACUCCAAGGAAGGAAAAACGACUUCCUUACUGAAGGAGUAAUUCGUUGAGGUAGAAGUUACGUUAAAAAUACCAAAUUUGAGAAAUUCCUUAAGGAGUGAAGGCGGGUUUUAGGAAACAACUAAGAAUACGGGUUUUAAGUCAUAGCUGUAUUAAUGUUGGAUUAAAAUAGCUAGAAUGAGGUACAGGUGUAGUCGCAAUACAUUGUAAUUCUAUUUUAUACCCAUCUCCCGGGCUUUGGUCUGACUGCCGAACCACAGGACCGAAUAUUGACCUCAUCUAGUCAUUACACUUUACACCAAAGCUGUAGUCGGCUAGGUUAGUUUCUUUUGUACCUUCGAGUACUAAAACAUUUUAUAACCUGUUAAUUAGUUAAGCGUAGCUCAAUUGUCUAGUGCUGAGAGUUUUGACUAGAGUUUAUCUAUUUAACAGCGUGGUUAAUUUGUUAAUGCUUUGACGUUAGCUCAAAAGCGCCAGUGAGAAGAUAAACUUUGGUCACAACUCCUCAGAAAGCGGGCAUAAGUCUUGCAAUUUAUUCAACGUAAAUCAGACCAUAGCUGUAAAACGUCGAUCAACGAAACUUAGUUUAACCAACAAACGCGCUGUCAUCGUAACUUCAAUAGAAAUAACCUAGAUGGUCGUAUCUAGUAGAUAUUGCCAUAGUUUAAUGUAAAAAUAUUGAUAGAUUUUUUACAAUAAGUUUACGGUAAAAAAGUAAGAAUCAACUGAGCUACAUUGUGAUCGAAUCUGUUCGGCGUACGCGUUUGCACUGUAGUGUGAAUCUACUUCUGUCUGUUAGAGAUACUCCAGAUCCUACGCUGACCUUCUGACCUCCUACUAUUUAGUUUUUUUUUUUUAUUCCGGACCUGGUUUCAAUGUAACGGCCACAGAAAUCGGCAUCGAAGUUAUUUCUUUAUAGCGCAAACAAUUUUUUAAUAAAAUACACAGAGCAAUGCGCUGCCAUGCUGAAGUGUUAUUAGUGCUCAGGAGAAAAAUAUACUUAGUCAUGUUAGGAUUCAAGACAUCACGGUUAAAAUUGUGUUUAUGAAGUGGAUGGAAAACCAAACAGAGCAAAAGCAAUGUCCUUAUGAAAUUGUAUAAUUCAUUCAGGACUUCUUUUGUUUUCACUAUUUGUGUUUUUUUUUUCUGUGAGAGGAAAGUGGAAGGUCCAGUGUAGUAAACAGUAAACUAACUUCCUUGAACACUAUUACUGUUCUGUAUCGAACUGUCUAGUCCUAACUUAUGGAUUGCUUGCGCAGUCUUCAUGUAAUCGAAUAAAUUAGAUAUAAUGGCGAUGUAUGCCGUACUUUAUACACAUGUUGAAACAAUUUCUAUUCAUAGUAUAGUUAUUACAGUUUCUGUAGCAUCGCAUUUUGCUAUAUCAGUUGUAAUAUUCUAUGUAUUUACGAUACAAUAUUUUGUUCUUAAGUCAGUAAUUCUGACCAUCUUUAAAUAAGUAAGACAUUCCAACCAAAUAUUUUAUAUUUCUCUAUAAGUAACCGAGUAUAGUAAGUUAAGCUUGCUACUGUUAGUAAUUUAGCGCUUUAAAAUAUUCUUAGGAUUUGAACAAUAAUAUCAUUAGUAGGAACGCGAUUUAUUUCUUACGUUGAGCAUUUUAAUUAUUUAAAAUUGCUUCCUAAAGUUGAAUUGCAAGUAUAUACUUAAAUUAAAAUUUACGUUAAAUAAUUUAGUCACAAAUUUUCCUUAAAAUAUUGUUACUCAAAAAAAAAAGCAAUUAUAAUAUAAGACAAUAUUGUUGAACUCAAGAAAUAUUCCACAUUUUUAUAUCUUGUAGGAAAAUAUUAUAUUAUAAGCUUAUUAACAACGGCGUAGAGAUUUAAAAUAUUUUUGCUUUUUUAAUCAAUUUCAAGUAGUUAAUUUCAAGUUUGGAGUAAAAGUGAGAUGGUCAUAUCAAGGGAUGGAAAAGGAGUUUUUUUAUUUCUACCAAGUUUGUUAUCAAUUAUAAGCUUGAAAUCAUAUUUAGCUUAUUCAGUAGUAUAAAUGUGUAAGUAGAUGAAUUUAAAUGUAUCGUGGUUGAAAUUUUAGCAAUUUAUUUAUAUAUUUCACUUGUUACUGUAUAUUCUACAACGAACAUAAAGAAGCAAUAUAUUUACAUAACAAUGUUCAGCUUGAGUAGAUAGACAUAAUAUGCAAAGAGUAUGAAUAGCAAAUAAGGUACAAAAAAUGAUAAGAAAGGACGACAUUCGAGAGAAAAGGUAAUCGUAUUUUGUGAACGAUAAUACGAUGUUUUUAAAACGUUAAAACGUUGCGAAUAUUUAUUCCGUUAUAUACAAGAAAAAAAACAUACAUAUAGCCGAAUGUAUUUCCUCCUCCUUUUUGGAAGUCGAUCAAAAAGAUGCAACGUAGCGAAGCGGAGACAUUUUCACGCGGCGCGGCGUAGAGCGACGUAGCCCCAGCGUACGACGUCGUAGAGGCGUUCGAAAUACGUCGUAGGUGCAAGAAACGAUGCGCAACAUUAUGUCUAUUAACUUAACAAUAUUAUUAUUGAAUUGCAUUUCGUAUUUUAUGUUAAAAGCCGUGUGUAGCGUAGCUGGCACAUACUACAGCGUUGCACUCUAUAGUUAGUAAAUCACGAACUAUUGGAUAAAUAUAAGUGGAAGAAAGCGCAAUUAGUCAUAGCCACGGUACGUUGUGUUGUUCGUUGAGUUUUUUAUGUGGAUAUUUUAGUUUUAUAGAUGGUUCUGUGUUUAAUAUAAGAUAUAAACAUAACAAAGCUGUUGUUGUUGUUGCUAAAGUUAUACAAUUAUUAUGUAUUGUGUGGAAAUGAGAGACUUUACACGGUAAAAGUCCUGCUUAGUGAAAAAUAGCUAAUAUCGAGUUCUGAAUAAUCUUUAGAACUUCACAAAGACCGAAAAUUAAUGCUUGAGGUUGAAAAAACUAUUACUUACCGCGUGAAGAUCCAACUCUUGGGAAACCAUUUUACAAUCAAGGCCCGAUAAAGAAAUUUUAUAUUGAUUCAAAAAGUAGCUUACCUGACCAAUAUUUUUACCGUGAUAAAAUCUAUAACUACUUAUAAGACAUGGCCUGUCACUCUUUGUGUUAUUGAUAGAUGAACUAAAUAUGAUUUAAUUAAGUGAAAAUGUUUAAUGACUCUAUAUUUUAACAAAUUAAGUAGUACCAAAUAGCAAUAAUAUUAUAGUUAUAUUGUUUAUGUGACUACCAUGUCUCUACUCGAAUGUAUUAAUGGAAUUUGAAUGCAUGUUAAUCUAUUUAAUGAAUAUAUAUCGAAUACCUCUUUUGGUAAGAGAA